AUGGUCGCCGCGGAACCGAUCCCGAUCCCAACGGCUGUUGAGUCUCGGGCGGUCGAGGCUCUAAUCACUCAAAACCCAUCGUUCGACGAGUAUCUGAAAUGGCUCGAGGAUCAAGGUCAGAAAACCCCGGUAAUUCCUCCGACUCACAGCAACCAGGCGGUCGACCAAGGAGCAGAGGCAGCGAACGUCGCGGCGGCGACUACAAGGCCGAGUGGCUCAACGGUGGAGGCGGCUGUGUGGAGAGCGGCGGAAGAGGCCGGCGGGGUGGACGAAGAGAUCCUCGCCAGGAUCGUGAUGCCAGACCUGGAAAUCGAGGUCAUGCGGGAAAAACUACAAGCAGCAGCUCCCACCGUGGGAGCGCAACAGGGUGCACCAGCCGCCUCGACUGCUCCUGCGGAGGACCAUAGCGCGGCUGGCGCCAAAUCCCCCCCGGCCACAACCGGUGAGGUCGGCGAUGGGAAGCAAAAGCGCAAGGGCAAGGACAAGGCGAAGGGCGGCCCGGCGAAGGUCGGCUCUUCCAAGGGGACGUCCAAAGCGGCCGCGCAGGGUCAGAAGGGUUCAGGCGUCCGCGUUGACCCUUCAAAUGGGCUGGCCGUCUCGGAGAUGAAGUUUGGGAAGAAGAGCCGUUACAUCUGCCGGUCGAUGGACAAGUCCGAGGCCGCCUACUGCAUCGCUGUCGCCGUUUCGUCGUUCGUUCGACGCUUCGUCAGCGACGUGGUUCUCGACGAGUUCGGUGGGGUCAAGGAGGAAGUGAUGGCGCAGUAUAAGGCGGACUGGAAUGUGGCGCGAUUUAUCCCGGGGGGCAUGUGGAUGGUCAUGUGGAGCCGAGGGCGAACGUCUUCCGCGACAGGCGGCUGUGGUGAGGUCGCUGCUGCUGAGGUCGGGGAGGAGCGCGAGCACGACGAGCUGAUCGCCCGUGUCAUGAUAGAGAACCUCGCCUUCUGGGGGGACUGCAAUGUCGGAGGCCCGAAGCUCAAGGCUCGCGGCGUCGAUUUGCCUAUCGAACCCCAGAUGAAGAUUAUCAUUCGGGACAGGGGGGCGAGGGGGCAGCAGCACAAAGGGAAGCAGGUCGCCGACGCCUAG